AUGACUGAACUCAAGGAAGAUGAUAAUGUUAUGAUGUCCCAGGCUGAGGACAGCGACGUAACUUCAAGCUUUACGGAAAACAAUAAUAUCGCUUCGUCCGAAAAUAAACAAUCCCAAUCUGUUAAUAAACAGAAAGAAGUUGAAGAUGAACUCCAAGAAAAAGACAUUCAAAACGAAGAAUGUGAUGGCGUUGACCAUGGAGCAAGCAUUUAUUCCCAGAACGAAGAUGGUGAAACAGUUUUGUCGAUAGCGAUAAGAAAUGGUUUAUUUGAUGUGGGCGCUGAUGUAAACGGCCAGGGUACUGACGGGUGGACAGUGCUGCACGCUGCUGUUACAAAAUCUACUCCAGAAGUUGUAAAAUAUCUUGUUGAAAAUGGCGCUGUUGUAAACGGCAAGGAUACUACAGACGGCUGGACAGUAUUACACUAUGCUGUUGCCUAUAGUUCAUUAGACAUGAUGAAACAUCUUGUUGAACUGGGGGCAGAUGUAAAUGGCGAAAAGACCGAUGGGUGGACAGUGCUGCAUGAUGCUGUUACAAACGGUACGCUAGAAAAGGUAAAAUAUCUUGUUGAAAUUGGUGCUAAUGUAAAUGGUAAGAGCAAUGGCGGGUGGACGGUGCUUUACAAUGCUAUUUCUAAAGGUACGCUAGAAAUUGUAAAAUAUCUAGUAGAAAUGGGCGCUGAUGUGAAUGCCAAGGAUACCACUUACGAUUGGACAAUGCUUCACUCUGCUGUUACUGAAGGUACGCCAGCAAUGGUAAAAUAUCUUGUUGACAUGGGCGCUAAUGUAAAUAGUGAGGAUAGUAAGGGAUGGACGGUGCUGCGAUAUGCGAUUUUCAAAGGCACACUAGAAAUAAUAGAAUGUCUUGUUGAACAUGGUGCUGAUGUUAAUGACAAAAUUGAAAUGCGAUCAAUUCUGCACUGUGCACUGUGUGUUACUCAAGAUACUUUAGAAAUAGUGAACUGCCCUGUUGAGAAGGGUGCUGAUUGCAAUUGUAAGAAGACUACCGGGGAAACAGUGUUGCACUCUGCUUUUUCUAAAGGCAGGACAGAUAUAGUAAAUAUCUCGUUCAGAAAGGCGCUGAUGUAA